AUGUACGCAUUCGCCAAGCUCGCUGUCCUCGCCUCCGCUCUCGGGCUUUUUUCUCCCGCUCUCGCUGCUCCUGUGAACAGCACAGCUACCAGUGACCUGGCGGCUCGCGCUCCCUAUGAUGUUCACAACGGUUGGGCUUCGUGGUACAAUCCAUCUGCUGGCAUCGGCUCAUGCGGCUGGCAAAACCGUGACGACGAGUGGGUCGCUGCCGUUGGUACUGCUUUGUUCCAGGAGAUGAUGGUCGACGGAAACCCUAACCACAGCAAGGCGUGUGGAAAAACAGCCAACGUUAGCUGGAACGGAAAGACGAUCAAGGUCGGAAUCGUUGACCGCUGCCCUGGCUGUGGCUACAAUGACAUCGACCUAUCUCCAUCUGCGUUCCAGCAGUUCUCCGGACUGGGCUUGAUGGAAACAGGAACUGGAAAGCUUAAUGGUGUCUCCUGGAAAUUCAAUUAA